ACUGAUUUAUCUGUUGAACCUCCUGCUGAUACUGAGCCGCUCAAUGUGGUAGAAGUUGCUAUGCGCUAUCGUGAAAGAGUUGAAGCCGUUGUUGGUAGAAGCUACACUAAACGAUUACGGCACAAAUUCUCACGUGGAUCUCUUGCCAAACGCUCGUUCAGAUAUUUAGUGAAACCGAAGGUGUACACAGUGUCAUAA